CGUCUUACUGCGCGCCCACCCCCUCGCCGCCCGCGCUCGCGGAAGGGUGAGCUGUCGCCCGACGCCGGGAGUGACGGGCGCUCGUCCUCGACAACCGACCGACCAUGGCGCUGGCCCCUCCGCCGCCUGCGAACGAUCGGAAGCGCGUCAAGGUCUACGAGUUGAAGAGCAACGACUGGUUCGAUAGGGGAACCGGCUUCUGCACCGGGUCGUUGGUCAAUGAUGAGGCGCGAAUACACGUCCAGUCCGAAGAUGAGCCCGUUCGGACGUUGCUGGAGACGAAAAUCGGUAGGGAUGAGGGAUAUCAGAAGCAGCAAGAUACCCUGAUCGUAUGGACGGAGACAAAUGGAACCGAUAUGGCGCUUAGUUUCCAGGAGGCGGAGGGUUGUGGCGCGAUAUGGGAAUUUGUCAGUGACGCGCAACAGCGUCUUGGAGGUGGCCCUGCCGCAGACGACGGUCUUUCAGAUGAAGCGAUCGAAACAUUUCAACCGAUCACCCUCCCCGAUCCCCCGCAGAUGGAGAAUCUCCAAGAAAUCGAGAAUAUCAUGAGAGCCGCCAAUUCCACCGCGCAAGGGCGGGAAGCGCUCGCAAAAGCCGUCAUGGCCGCCGAGUAUAUCCACAAGCUGGUGCCUUUUGUAGAGAUAGCGGAGCGGGAGCAGAGCCUAGCGGACUUACACCGGCUCUGCAAUAUCAUGAAGAUUCUGGUUCUGCUGAACGACACGGCCAUGAUCGAGCUUGCCGUGACGGACGAUGUCAUUUUCGGCGUUGUUGGUGCCUUUGAAUACGAUCCCGAUUUCCCGAGUCACAAAGCGAAUCACCGACAGUACCUUGCAGACGAGACUCGAUUCAAAGAAGUCGUCCCGUUCGACGACCCAAAUGUGAAGAGGAAGAUCCACCACACCUACCGGUUGCAAUACCUCAAAGACGUCGUCCUCGCGCGCAUCCUCGAUGAUACCACGUUUACCGUUCUCAAUGGCCUCAUAUUCUUCCACCAAGUCGAUAUAGUGCAGCACCUACAGGGCAACGUCCCCUUCUUAAAAGAAUUGUUCGGUAUCUUUGCUCCCCAGGAAACUGACCAGCAGCGCAAGAAGGACGGUGUAGCGUUCAUUCAGCAAUGCUGCGCUCUCGCCAAAAGCUUGCAACCCCAGGCGAGAAACGCUCUGUACAACAACUUCAUUAACGGGGGUCUCUUCAAUGUCAUCACCUUCGCCCUUCGCCAUCAAGACGCCUCGGUUCGUGUCGCCGGCACCGACAUCCUAGUCGCCUUGAUCGACCACGAUGCUCCUCUCAUCCGCAACCACAUUUUCAAGGCCGUGAACGAGAACACCAAGCCUCUGACCGACACCUUGAUUGAACUCCUACUGGUCGAGGUGGAUGUGGGAGUUAAGGCACAGAUUGCGGAUGCGAUCAAAGUCCUCCUGGACCCCAACGCGAACGGCCCGUCAUUGGAAGCGCUCGCGCGCGGGAACAAUGAGUACAUGGCAAAAUUCAGAGGCGGGCCCAUGCACAUGCCGCCGACGGAGAUGUUCAUCCAACGAUUUUACGAUGAUUCGGCAAGGCGACUUUUCCAAGCCCUGAAGGAUCUCGAGCAUCGGCAGUCGAUGGACAAUCUCAACGUGCAAGAGGUGCUGCUCUUUAGCCAUCUGGUUGAAAUCCUUUCAUUCUUCCUCCGACAGCACGCAUUCCGCAGCAAGCAGUUCAUUUUACAGGAGCUCCUUGCCUGCCGCGUCGCCCAGCUGAUGGCAUGUCCCGAGAAGCACUUGAAGCUCACCGCGCUCAAAUACUUCCGGACGUGCAUCGGUCUGAAAGACGAGUAUUACAAUAAGCAGAUCAUCCAGCAUCAUCUCUUCGAACCCAUCCUCAACAUUGUCUUCGAAACUAAGCCGAAAGACAACCUCCUCAACUCGGCCUGUCUGGAAAUGUUCGAGACCAUUCGGAGGGAGAAUAUGAAAUCAUUAGUCGUCCACCUGGUCGAGAAUUACCGGGACCGACUGCAGGCUCUGGACUACGUGGAGACAUUUCCCGCUCUGGUCUUAAAAUACGACCAGUACAACCAAAUCGCAGACCAGAACGAACCCCUCCUCAAUCACGACCAAUCAUUCACCAGCACCGAAACCGAGACCCCCAACCGUAACAUCGUCAACGGCGGCAUGCGGUGGCAGGGACUCAAGGAUCAUGACCCCGAGGAGGAUGCCUACUUCAACGGCCCUGAUAACGAAGAAGAAGCCAACGCCCCCGCGACCGCCAAAGCCCCCACCAACGGCGUCUCCCCCCAACGUCCCCUCGUCAACUACCCCGACGACGAAGACGAACUGCCCGACCUCCCCACCGACCCUACUACCACCUCUCCGCCCGCCGACUCCACCGCCACCAGCCCCCCCUCCGACUCCCCUUCCCCCUCCACCUCCGCCCGCUCCCCCGCGCCCCUCCCAUCCACCAAAAUCGCUGAGAAGCGCCGCCGCGAGGACGAGGACGACGACGAGCUCGGCAAGCUAUCGGCGCACCCGAAGCGGCGGAACUCGUCGGGGCAGCCGGGCGCAGAGCCACCGGCGGCGCAUCAGCCGCCGCAUGGGCACAUGCUAAGGAGAAAACGGAGCAUCCAGGCGGGGAAGGAUCCAACUGGGAAAAAAAUCGCCAUCUCGCUGGCGAUGAAGGGGGAUGCGAACGGGAAGGAUGGGGCGUGAGAGGGCGGGAGGCUUGUGGUCACCCAACGUCUUACUCCUUCGGGGUCACUCCAGCGCUUGUGGGCUUGACGCCAUUCUCGAUACCGAGAAACUGGUCGCUCUCCGCCUUGGCUCGCAGCCGUGCACCCUAGCGGUCGCCGCCCCCUGGACACGCCCACCUCCCCGCGUCCAACACCCACGACCUCCUCACCACCAACGACGCAGCCGGGCCCCUCCUCUCACCCGCACGUUCAUAUCAUUAGACGACCGCCGACGACGGCGGCGGAUUGCUAGCUACGAGUACUGUUCUCGGUGGGAUUCAUGUAACAUAUUUGGCGCCGAGGGAACGGGGGACGACGGAGGGGUUGCAUUAGCAGAUAGAGGUU